CAGCAGAUCACCACAAACUAAACAUCAAAACUAAACUCCAACACCAUACACACAUACAAACAUCACCACAAUGGGCGAAAUCAAGAAAGGAACCAUCAAGCACCGCAACAAGGAGGGAACCCUCGACGCCUCAGCCCUCCUCUGGCGAGCCCUCACCUCCGAAAAGCCAGACGUCAUGUGGAAGUACAUCACCAAAGACGCCGUCCUGUGCGAGCCCGACCAAAAGGUCUACUCGCCGCGCAGCGAGCCCGCCCUCGACGAGUAUCUCGAGGAGCAGUACGAGCCCUGGACCGCAUACAAGAUCCACGACGAGCCCGAGUUUGUCGAGAUUGACCUCAUGGCUUCGGCCCUCAACUACCGCGUCACCUGCUGGAAGCUGCAGAACGGCCAGAUGAACGCGACUGAAGCGUGGUGCCAUAGUGUUUUUAGGCAGGGACCUGGAGGAGAUUGGAAGUGCUGCCUUCACCACAUGGCGAAGAUUUGAGACGAUAUAAUUUGAAGUGUUUUGGGUGUUUGGGUAUGGCGAAUUGGACUUCGGCAGAUGUUUCUUCUAGCCUUAAUAAAUGAUGUUAACGUAUAAU